AUGACUUUAGGGAGUCCAACUCACUCGCCAUCGGGUAGUCCAAAUGUGGGGUAUCUACCCCCCUUCCUAUUGGGUGAAAUUAACCCUCCCACAACCCCUCGUACUAAUAGUUUGUCACCUACGAAAGGCCGAAGUUUGGCUUUUGGAUCACCAUCUAGCCCUAGCCAAACAUCAACACCAGACCAGAAAAUUUACCGACCAAAUGUUUCAAUACAUCAGCAAGCAUUGUUUAAUCAACAAAACAUGUUUGCGAACAUGGCCACAUCACCUAAUAUAUCUUAUUCAAGUAAACCUAAUGGUCCACCAAUAGAGGAUCUAUUCGAUACUAUAAAAAGUAAUGAGCCUACAAACAACAAAUCUAUGUACCAAGAUCACAGCUUCCUUGGCUAUGGCAACAACAAUUCAUUGAUGCAAAAUUCAUAUGUGAAUACAUCACUUAAUAAUCAGUCACUAACAACAAACUGGCAAGAUGGCUGCCAAGAGCAAGAUGAGUACUGGAUUACUAUAUUUGGUUUUCCACCAAAUGUAGCAAAUACAAUAUUAGCAAGAUUUAGCAACUGUGGUGCGAUUUUAGAGAAACAGUAUCCUACGCAAGGCAAUUGGGCUCAUGUGAGAUACGCAACCAGAGCAGAAAAAGAGCGAGCAAUGGCUUUGAAUGGAAGGCAAAUUAUACCCGGUAUUAUGGUCGGAGUAGUGGAGUGCAGGGAACCACUAAGAAGAACUACAUCCAAUCCUGGAAUAACUUCCCCUGAGAGACAUAUAACUGCAAGAUCCCUGUGCCCAACACCUAUCCCGUCAGCACCAGUACCACAAAGGUCAAAUGGGAUCAUAGCCAAAGCCCUAGACUAUGUAUUGGGUUGG